GGGGGUGGGUGUUAGGUGGAUAGAUGAUCUGGAAGGGAGGAAAAUGUUGAACAUAAAUGAUGGCGUGGAAUGGCAAGACUGGGGAUGACAAAAACGAGUAUAUAGAGUUACAAAAUGGAAAGGUGGGAUAUUUCUUAGAGCUCUUCGAAAUGUAAAGCAACCUUACGUGUAUUCUAGCACAAGGUUUAUCAUCAGGAGGUAAGACCAGGUACUAGUCAAAUGCGAAGGGGAGAAAUAAAACUGGGAGCCGAGGGAUGCUAGGGGGUGGGUGGAAAGAUGGAGAAGGUCUAGUGAGAAAGGAGUUCGCAUUUGAGAAGUGUUUCAAAGUGAAUGAUAGGCUAGCCAAUUUACCUUACCCCAGGAAAGGAAGCAAGUGACUAUAUAGGUAGCAUGUAGGAGGGGGGGGGAGGAAGUCUUCGUAUUUUUAAAGAACAGGAUGGGGGUCAGUGCUUAACUUGGAGAGGUGGUCCUACAUAAUUUUUUAUUAUUUGAAGCUCGUUCCCCCCCCCUCCCCUCCUGAUUAUUAUUGCACAGUCCCAAAGUCAGACGUUUUUGUAGCCAAAUCCGAUAAUAAACGUCCUGUAGACUGGUAGAAUACUGCAAUGGCAUGGCUACGAUGGUGGCUAUCUCCACUCCAUAAAGAGAUAAUGUUAAGGCUCCGAUUAGAGCAAUGGCAGAAGGCGGAAAACUAUAGCGAAAACGCAAUAACAUGUCAACACAAGUAUGCCGGCAGCGUUAGCUGCCAUUGUUCCAAGAAUGUUUGCAAAAGACAACAACAAGGGAGUACAAAUACAACAACUCCCUCGGGGUCAAAAGCUUUAGUGUAAAAACAGGUGUUGUGUACGAGGUUUGGGACGCAUGAAGACAUUAACUUUGUUCGUAAAACAAAAGACAAUAGUUAUCCAUGUGCCAUCUUGUGAUGUUAUAUUAAUACUCUGUUGGAUUUUACGGCGUCUUGUUGCCAUAGUUGGAGUACUUAAGCCGGUACUCCUUCUCGCUCAUAGCCACACUGCUUCAUCCUUCUGCGGUAGAGUUACAGAUUUAACCUCAAGGACAGGUUAGCACCAUGAAGUUUAGUACCACGUGGCUGCUUCUGGUAUUUCUCGGGACAUGUCUCGCCUUGGUCAGCGCGCGCACAAUUCCAAAAGCAAAGUACGCUGUCCUGUUCGACGCGGGCUCAAGCGGGACCCGCUGUAAAGUGUACAAACUAAUUCAACGCCAAACUCUACACGUACGGGACGUAACGCAACUCAACGUGCCUAAACCAAAUAAAGCAAAGCCUGGACUCAGUAGCUUCGGUGAGAGCCCUGCCGGGGUCGGUCCUUAUUUGCAGACUCUGAUUGAGGGCGCUAAGAAAGUUGUCCCUGUUCAGUACCAGGCCCAGACCCCCGUGUAUUUGUUUGCUACCGCGGGCAUGCGUCUUCUCCCGGUCGACCAGAAAAUCGCUGUCAUAAAUGAAGUGAACAACUUUCUACGUGAUUCGAAAAAGUCUCCAUUCGCGUUUAAGAAGGGUAAUGCAAAGGUAAUCAGCGGAAUUGACGAAGCCACUUAUGACUGGGUGACAGUAAACUUUCUGAUGGGCGCGUUGACCGGGGAGUCAGACACCGAGUACGGAGUACUAGACAUGGGUGGAGCAUCGACUCAGAAUGCCUUCGACACAAACAACACACAGCAUAUCACUGUCGUGCUAGACUUGACAAAGGGAAUGCUCCCACUUUACGCACACAGUUACUUGGGGUACGGGGAGCAAGAGGCCCGCAAAAGGUUCAUAAGAUUCUUGGUGAAUAACCGAAGGCAUAACCGUAAAGUAAUUACUAAUCCUUGCUACAACUCUAACUUUGAGAAAAGAGUCGAAGUCGAUGGCGCCGAGUAUCUGAUGAGAGGAGGGUUCAACCCUCAAAUGUGCCAUAUGAUUAUCAAGAGCCUCUUUUUCUGUUUAUCAAGCAAGAAGGACAAUUGCCCAUUCCACCAGCAGCCACGCUUGAAAGGCAAAUUCUACAGUUUUAGUUUAUUCACGUAUGCUUUCCGAGAGACCGGAGUGGUGUCGAAAAAUGGUGAGAGAAUUGACAUGGAGACUCUGAAGCGUAAGAUGUUGUCGUUCUGUGGUCGUGAUCUGACGGAGAAAGAGCUAGCAAAUAAAUACACGACCCCGAGAUGUUUCCAACUGAACUUCAUCUACAGCAUGCUUACCGACGGCUAUCGUGUCGACAACUCCUUUGAGCUCUACAAUGGCGAAAGCAUCAACGGACUCGAUCUUAAUUGGACCCUGGGUGCGAUGCUUAGCGCGCUUAAGGUGCUAUAGAUAGAAGGGAAGACUGACUCAGUCAGUCUUUUCAGUUCAGCUAUCUGAGAAGUGAAGACAGAGGGAAAACGAUGUUUAGUGAGAAAGUUAAUAAAGAACUUCAGAGCAUUAAUAAUACAUGUAUGGUGUCACUUAAAUGAGGAAAUCAUUUAAAACUGUUCAAUAGGCUUAUGCACAAAUUAAAACACAGAAUAGACUUGAUGUCCUAGGAUACUCUAUAAUGACGUUAGCAAAACUUCUUGGCCCAGAUGAUAGAUUGAUUGCAAGGAGAUUGAAAUAGGGUUCUAUUAUACGUUAUAAAUUUUGCUAAGUAGUAAAAGAGAAAGUGAGUGCAAUUGCUUA